AUGGAGAACCAAAUCUUUAAUUUUUGCCAAUUCACUCGUCCUUGCUCGUUCUCCCACGUUCUUGGGAACUUAUCUUCCCUUCUUGUUAUUGUUUGCUGUUCGAUGACCGAAAUUGAGUCGCAUCAACCGGCCUACACGAACGGGAAUUCCUCGUCCACCAACGGCGAUCACUACAAAAACGCUGACAGAAUUGGGGAUUUGCGUGGCUACGGAGCCCAAAACUCUCUACCGGACGCCCCAAUGGAAAACGAUUCUACAAAAGAAAAGAACUCAAACGGGAACUCAAAAAAUGCUGUUUUUGAUGAUGAUGACGAUAUUCCGUGGGGUCAACGAGUGAAAAAGGAAAAACAUAAAGAGCCGAAACCGGAACCUAUGGAUGAAGAUGAUGACUUUCCGCUAAAAUCCUCUAGUGAAAAGAAACGCGAGUCUUCGUCUAGCAAAAAGCCAAAAAUCGAAGAUGAUGACGACGAUGAUGUCCCUUUCAUUCAGAUUAUGGCCAAGGAUAAAGCUAAGAAGGAGAAAGAAGAUGAUGAUGUUCCCUUUGUCCAGAUUAUCGCCAAAGCUAAGAAAGAUAAGGAGAAGGAGAAAAAGGAUAAGGAGAAGUCGAAGGAGAAGGAGAAGCAAAAGCGGAAAAGAGGCGAGAGCGACAGUGAAGAGGAAUACAAGCCAGAGAAAAAGAAGGACAAGAAGAGCAAGUCCAAGUACGAGGAAUCCGACAGUGAAGAUGAUUACAAGAAGCCAAAGAAAGAAGUAAAGAAAGAAGUGAAAAAGGAAAUCAAGAAGGAGAACACAACGCCGGUAAAGAGAAAAAAGAAGGAAGAGGAGCAAGAAGAGGUCUGGGAAUGGUGGAAAGACGAGCCAAAAAGUGAUAACACGAUAAAGUGGAAGACUUUGCAACAUAAGGGUCCAAUUUUUGCUCCUCCGUAUGAACCACUCCCGUCACAUGUGAAAUUCUUCUAUGAUGGAAAGCCAAUGAAACUUGCACCCGCGUGUGAAGAGGUGGCCGGCUUUUACGCCCGGAUGAUCGAUCAUGAAUACGCGUCAAAAGAAGCUUUCAACAACAACUUCUGGAGGGAUUGGCGGAAGGUGAUGAAUGCCGAGGAACGGGAAAAGAUCACCGACCUCAAAAAGUGCAACUUUGCCCAAAUUGACGCCUUUUACAAGGAGCAAAGCGAGAAGCGCAAAGCCAUGACGAAGGAAGAAAAGGAAAAGAUUAAGGUGGAAAAGGAGGCUGAGACCAAGGUCUACGGUUUUGCUUUUAUCGAUGGACACAAGCAAAAAAUUGGCAAUUUCCGGAUUGAACCUCCAGGUCUCUUCCGCGGUCGUGGUGAGCACCCGAAUAUGGGAAAGUUGAAGCGACGAGUGCAGCCUGAAGACGUGAUCAUCAAUUGCUCAAAAGAUUCUGAGGCUCCCGAGCCACCAAAAGGGCACAAAUGGAAAGAAGUCCGCCAUGACAACAAAGUGACUUGGCUUUGCUCGUGGAGUGAAAAUGUGCUUGGGCUCAACAAAUACAUCAUGCUCAAUCCAAGCAGCAAGAUCAAGGGUGAAAAGGAUUAUGCCAAGUUCGAGACGGCCCGCAAGCUAAAGAAGCGAAUCAAUAACAUUCGAGAGGUUUAUCGAGGUGAUUGGAAGAGCAAAGAGAUGCGACUACGGCAACGAGCUGUUGCUUUGUAUUUCAUUGAUAAGCUUGCUCUUCGUGCUGGAAAUGAAAAGGAUACGGAGGAAGCUGCAGAUACAGUUGGUUGUUGCUCUCUUCGCUGUGAACACAUCAAACUCCAUGAGCAACUUGAUGGAAAAGAUUACGUUGUCGAGUUCGACUUCCUCGGUAAAGAUUCCAUUCGAUACUACAACAAAGUGCCUGUCGAGAAGCCGGUCUUCAAGAAUCUCAAGUUGUUCAUGGAGAAUAAAGAUGGAUCGGAUGACUUGUUCGACAGGCUUGAUACGAGCACUUUAAAUCAACACUUGUCGUCGUUGAUGGAUGGGUUGACUGUCAAGGUGUUCCGUACCUAUAACGCUUCAAUCACUUUGCAGGAGCAACUCGACAGGCUGACAAAUUCAAAUGACAAUGUGGCCCAGAAGAUGCUUUCGUACAAUCGCGCGAAUCGUCAAGUUGCCAUCCUUUGUAACCAUCAACGUGCGGUGCCGAAAACGCACGAGAAAAGCAUGGAGAAUCUGGAGAACAAGAUCAAAGACAAGAAGAAAGAGCUCAAACAGGCGAAGGCUGAUUUGGAGAGAGCUCGAGGAGCCGAGAAGGAGAAAGUAAAGAAACGCGUUGAUCGACUCAAAGAUCAAUACAAACGCCUCAAGAUUAAUCGCACUGAUAAGGAUGAAAACAAGCAGAUCGCUUUGGGCACUUCGAAAUUGAACUACUUGGAUCCGCGAAUCUCGGUGGCUUGGUGCAAGAAGCACGAAGUUCCCAUUGAAAAGGUUUUCAACAAGACGCAACGCGAAAAGUUCCGAUGGGCGCUCGACAUGGCCGACGAGGAGUACGUCUUC